AUGCUGCAUAAGACCGAGAAAAACAUGAUGUUACAAUUUUUAAGAAAUGGAAGAAAUGAUACCUUUAACAUUUUUUCAAAUGUUUACGAAAAAGGUAGAAACAAAAUAUUCUUAAGGACGUACGUAACAGCUACCCAUCAUAUAGAGAGCUGUAUUAUUAAGCGCAAUGGGCUAUUUUUACCCAUCAUAAAUAGCAGCCAGAAGGACAACCAUGUUUUCAAAACAAAUCUAAGAAAACAUUUUGCAACAACGAACGGAAAUGCUAAUGGCUUAUCGGAGCAAUAUUCCAAAAACGAUGUGUCCAUUCUCCAGAACUCCAAUGUUAUCAUACUCUUCAAUAAAAAUGAAAAAGAAACAAUAGGGCAGAAGAUAUAUAGGUAUUUAGACAUAACAGGAUUUUUGACAAGAUAUAAUAAUAGAAAGGAGUGGAUCCUUGAUUUAGAACCAUAUUCAAGAUUAACCACAGUCAUGCUAACUGAAUACGAAAGGAAAUUAAUGAUUUUUUUAAAAUUCCAUGUUUAUUUCCUAUUCGUAACUUGCCUAUACUUAUGGUACCAUGCACAGGUUCAUUUUACAAUGAAGCCUCCAUGCCCCAAACCUUAUGCAUAUGGACAUUUGGACGGAAGAAAAAGAGACUUUACUUGGCAUGGUAAGUUAUUUUUUAUUUAUCCUAAGAUGAGAUGUAAGGAAUGUCGUUGGCUGGAUGUCCAAUGUAAGAAAGAAUGCUUUGAAAAAUUGAAACAGGAGGGACACAAGUUUUUUAUAAACAAUGGAGAUCCCCUUUCUGUCCCCAAGACUGUUUUAUAUCCAUCUCAUUUUCACUAA